UGUAUGAUUCAAAUUUCCCGCGCUGGUAUUGAAGUUGUGUUCUGUGUCGGGCCGGUCUAACAAUCCUAAUUCCAAGAAAUCCACGCAUUUUAGUCCCGGUUAAGCGCUCAAAUUGAAAGGAUAAAAGAUGGUUUUGGUGUCCUUUUAAAAAGGCGCGGACUCAGGAUAUAACCACUUUUUGCGAGAUACAAGGAAAAUAUAAGAUCGAAUCCUUAUUGAAUACUGUCGGUUGCAGAAAAGAUGAGAGGAAUCUAAAAUUUGGUCUCACUAAAUCUCACGCUGAUCUACAACCAACGUACUCUGAUUACGAUCAACCCUAGCUUGUCCGCAAUAUGAGUGGAAGGAGAUACAGUAGAUCCUGGAAGGAUUCUGAGGGAUCAAGAUACAAUAGAGAUCAAUAUGAUGAUAAUGAUUGGAGGGGUUAUGAAUCUAAUUACCCUCAAUCAAAUGAUUAUGAACAAGAUAAAUCAAGGAGAUAUCAUCUAUAUGAUGAUUAUUAUCAGGAUGAUGGAAGGGAUCUAGGAGGUGAAGGUGAUAAUCAACAUUGGCAGGAUGAUUACCAGAAUCACCGAGGUGAUGAAGGUUAUCGAUCCUAUCAUGAUCAGUCCCAGUAUAGUAAUUCAUGUCCUCAGACAAAAUACAGAGAUAGGUCUAUUGCUGGUAGAUCAGAGAGUCAGGAAAGUCGGCCUACAGUCCAUAGAUCAAACCCAGAGGAAUCCAGGUCGGAUGCUGAGCAGGAUGGCUCCAGAUCAAAAUUGGAGCCGGGGAAACCUAAGUCUACAUUAGUUCAGCCAUCUAAGCUGAACAUGAUUGACUCGGAAUCUUUGAGAGAGUUUGUUAGAUCAAGACUGGAUGAUGAGCGGGCACAUUCAACUCGUUCAAGAUCAGAUAUUCUAUUGAGAGAACCAACAACAUGUUACUGGAAGAUUGGUGAAAAAUUUGACAAACAGAUGAUCAUAAGGGAGUGUGUGAAGUAUACCCCUCACAUGAAUCGACAUGGAGAUGCAAUUUGUAUGGAUAAGUUCCUCAAUGCCACACUUGAUAGAAAAGUUUAUUAUAUUGGAGAUGAUAUCAAUGAUUACUUUGUAGAAGGGGCACCGUUACUGGAAUAUCUAAGCGUUUAUCAAGAAGCAAUGGAUGCUUGGAAGUAUCCAACUCGUGAAGAGAUCUCUGAUUUUCGGAGGAAUCGGGGUCUAUCCUUUAGAAUGAUCAGUGAGAUUACAGUACGUGAGAUUGUGGUGGGAUCUACCAGUGCUCCGGAGAUACAUGAUAUUGUAUCCUGGUUCUGGGUGGUUUGGAAGAAAGAUCAAGAGCAUUAUCCAUCUAAUGUUGUAUCAAUGGAUAAUGAGGAAUUACCUAUGACAUUAUAUGAUAUCUACAGGAUCACCGGUGUUAUUCCAUGUGUUCAGUCAAGGAUAAAGGCUACUGAUCCUGAGGAUGAUAUUCGCCCUGAGGUAAGCUCUGAAGACCGUCCCAUGCAAUUUCCUGUAAAAGUAAUGCUUGGAAAUGGGUUUAACUGGGCACUGAUGAUCUCUGUCAAUCUUGAACGUGAUACUAGAGAUCGUUAUCUGGUCAAAACCAUCAAGAUGCAGCCAGAGAUCAUAGAUUUCAUUGAAACCAUACCUGUAUGUAUAGGUCUCGGGGUCAAGGGAGAUGUCGCUGACCUUGCUUAUUAUUAUUCAAUGUUUGUGGACCGAGAUGUUAAAGUUCGUGGUUUUGUGGAUCUCACUGCAUUAUCUGUCUUAUGUGGGUAUGAAUUUCAAUCCAGAUCCAUGACGCCGAUGGCUGCUCAAGUGUGUGGCUUACUAAUGAAUAAGAUGGUCUCCACUGCAGACUCUAAGUGGGCAUAUCCCUGGAAUGAGAUUCCUGAGUCAUUGCGCAUAUAUGCACUAGCUGACCUCCGAUUUGGAUACAUGACAUACACUAUAUUAACUGGGAUUAUUAUUGCAGAUUUAUGUCCUGAUCCGGAAAUAGUGUGUUAUCAACUCCAAGUAUAUCAGCUUGAGGCUGUACAAUGGUUACUAGAUUGGAUAUUGCAGACUCUAGAGAAUCUUGAAGUUCAUCAAGAUGCUGUUUAUAAUGCUAAAUCCCGCAGAGAGUUGAUUUGUGCCCUGAGAUACAGGUACAAUUCAUCGUCUCGUCUUUCAAGUGAUCCGCCUCCAAGGAUUAAUAUAUGGUUAGAAUUGCUGGGGGAUUGGCCCAGUCUUACUGCUGGUGGAUGUCGAUUUAUUGUCCAGCCUAGAGAGCACUUUAUGAGACAAGUCACCAUACUCAGGAAAGCCAGGAUUAGUUGGGGUUCUGGUAUUGAACUCAGAGAGGUAACAGAAGAGAUGUUACUCUAUGCUCGAUUUGGUUUCUCUGUAUCUAGACUGAGGAGGAUUGAUUGGAAUGUUGCUGUAUCUAAGGGUGCUCCUGCUGGUCUUACUGUUCAUCCUGGAUUGGCAUUGCCUAAAGGUGUAGAUCCUAUGGCUAAGUAUAGUGGAUUUCUCCAAUAUUCUAAGCAGGUUGGAAGAAUUAUGAAGUUUGUGUUGUUGCACUGGGCUAGAACUUACCCUGGAGAAAUUACUAGUUUUCUGAAGAAUGUCAAGAGUAACCAAUUCUUCCGGAGAUUCUAUCAAAAUUGUUAUGAUGCGAUUAGAUUCUUGUAUCGGAGAAUAUUCAAUAUUCAUGCAAUGCGGGUGUGCAUUGUUGAAGAGAAGUUGACCGGUGAUCUGCUGGAGCAACUGAAAGUUGCCAAAGCAGAGAAAGCUGUUGCUGUAGAAGAGAUGAAGAUUCGGGAUGAAAGGGUUGCAUAUCUGCAAAUGAUGGUUGAUUCUCAGGAUUCUGUUGAACGUGCAAGAUGGAGGGAGUAUUAUCCUGAGCUUCCCAGUCAAGCUAGAAAGAGGGAGCGAAAGAGAGCAAGGUCUCAGUCACGAGGUCGGUCACAAUCAAGGGGUAGGAGUAAAUCUUGUAGGAUUGAUCCUGGUUCGGCUCCAUCUUCAGUUGUCAGUAAUGAACCUGUUUUAACUGCGGAUCCAGCACCUGUUGUGGAUCCAUUUGCAUCUGAGUCUGAGAUUGAAGAUAGUGAUAAGAAUGAGGUGACUGGAACUGCUAAGAUCAAGUCUGGAGAUAGUACUAGUGAUCCUAAGCCUGAUAUGGGUUUAGAUACUGAGAAUGGAUCUGUCAUGUUGGAGGUUGUGGAAGUGGAUGAAGAGAUGUUCUUGGAAGAUUUUAAUCUUCCAAUACCUAAAGCUAGAAAGCUCGUUCCAGAUAAGAGGAAGUCAAAGGGAAGAAAGAAGAAACCUGUUAAGGUAUUGACAGACGCUCAGAAGUUAGCUGCUUCUGUGGAGGUUGAGACUCGGAGUAGAGAGGAAGAUGUCGACCUGGAGUUCGAGUUUUCAGAGUUUCUUUGAUUUUUUAUUUUUGUUUUGAUUUCUUGUGUAUUGCUCUUCUCUUUUCAGCAAUGUUGAUUAAAGUUUUAUUUGUUUGGUUGUUCCAGAUCUUAUGAUUACAAUUACUAAUAGCUUUGAGAUCUGAUUCAGAACAAAUUGUCCUGAAUAUGUUGGUUUUUCUGCCAAGAUUAUUUAAAAUCUGUUGUAAGUUGUCUUUUGUUUUAUAGAAAUAAAUUAUGUUCAGUGAUUUUAGUAUAUUAUUUGUCGUUAUCGUGAUCGUGAAAUACAAUAGACAUGGUACCAACUCUUGGUGUGGACGAAAUUUUUCCCUCCCGGGGGAGUGUUUCGUGAGUUUUGACUCACUCUGUUUUAUGAGAUUCAAAUUUCGUCUUCAAUUUUGUUGUAUGAUUCAAAUUUCCCGCGCUGGUAUUGAAGUUGUGUUCUGUGUCGGGCCGGUCUAACAAUCCUAAUUCCAAGAAAUCCACGCAUUUUAGUCCCGGUUAAGCGCUCAAAUUGAAAGGAUAAAAGAUGGUUUUGGUGUCCUUUUAAAAAGGCGCGGACUCAGGAUAUAACCACUUUUUGCGAGAUACAAGGAAAAUAUAAGAUCGAAUCCUUAUUGAAUACUGUCGGUUGCAGAAAAGAUGAGAGGAAUCUAAAAUUUGGUCUCACUAAAUCUCACGCUGAUCUACAACCAACGUACUCUGAUUACGAUCAACCCUAGCUUGUCCGCAAUAUGAGUGGAAG